GAUCAAACAACGGAUCGCACCAGUCUUGUCACUUGUAUGGAUAUAUACAUUAGGGUUCGAGCGAUGACGCUCUCGCGACCAGGAAGCUUCGAUAGACACCCAGACUCUCUGCAACAGUGUAUCAACAUACCGGGAUGUACCUCGUCCACACAGCGCCCCAGCUCGUGUCAUCUCGCAGACUUCAAAUUCAGGUAGCCCACCUGCAACAGUCUCUUUCUGAGUUGCUUCUACUGCUACGCGUAAACAUGGGACAAGAGUCAAAAGCCAGGAAUUUGGUCGUUGCAAUCAUUACCCAUACGAGUGUUGCAUUGAUUGUGGUUUUAUUGCGGCUUUACGUCAAAUUUAUUCUCACUAGAACUGGAAGUCAUGAAGAUUGGAUUGUGGCUGUUGGCAUGGUAUUCGCCAUCCUCAUGACUAUUGCCCAAAUGCUCGAAUUUCGAGCCGGUCUAGGUCAGCAUCAGGACCAUAUUAAUCUGUCGCAAGCGAUAGAUCAGCUCAAAUGGCUUUGGUGGAGCAUAUACGCCUACACCAACGCGCUGAAUACUACGAAACUGAGUAUUCUCAUGUACUAUCAACGCGUAUUUAACAGCGACCAUAGGAUCAUGACAGGCGUGAAAAUAGUGGGCAUUUUCGUCAUCCUGAAUUGGAUCACUGUCAUUUUGACGAAUCUGCUGCAUUGUUUGCCGAUUCAUGCAUUCUGGGAGAUUCCACUCAAACCGACGGCGAAGUGCCUGGAUACCUUUGCACUCUGGAAGGCCCUUGCCGCCAUAAAUAUUGUAUCAGACGUGCUCAUCGCGGCAUUGCCGCUGCGUGUUGUAUGGGGUCUAAAAAUGACCAGAACAAAGCGAAUUUUAUGUUGUCUCUUGUUCGCGCUCGGAGGCUUUGUCUGUGUCGUCUCUGUCCUUCGUCUACAAACUGUGAUGGUUCUUGAACGACAUAUGGACGAUAACAGUUGGUACGGCAGCAUAACGGUGCAGUGGUCAGCUCUCGAAACCAACAUAGCGAUCAUAUGCGCGUCGCUACCCGCAAUGUACCAUCUCGCGACCCUGACUUGCAGGUCUGUUGGUGGGCAUCUUAGCUCUCACAGUCAAUCAUACUUUCGCAGCACAAAAUCGAACAGGUCUACAAGAUCGAGAGACGAAAAUUCCAAGGCCAUUGGUUCCCUGCCAAGGAGUGCGAUCAGGAGGGUUGAUGAAUUUAGUGUACAUAGUGAAAGCGUUAAUCGACUGGUCGAGUCGCAGAAGCCAGGUGGUGAAACGCCAGACUCAAGAUCUGACCGAAGUGGUAGUGACAGUGGAGCGACGGAGCGCUCGAAUGGCUGGGUCGAAAUGAUGUAAGUAUAUCCAUAAAAUCCUGAAGAUAAUGUUUGUUCUGCAUUAUGGGCCUGGCAAGUACAGGACUCAAAAAGCUCAUUGUCAAUCGUACCAGAGAUGCGUAUCGACGUGACAUACGGCGCGUGUUGUUUUCAAGAGAAAUUCAGCAGAAACUUUGCGUACAUUCAUCUCCGUCCUCUUUCAAUCGCCAGCCAUGACUACAUUUUUGGCGCCCAACGCCUCGCCCGUGGUAUAGAUCGUGAAUCUGUAGAAGAUAUCAUCUAUCGCGCGCGCAGUUUCUGCCAUACAAUAUAUCGGGUCAGGUAGCGUGGUUCCGGCGAUUGGAUAUAGGUUGACGAAGUCGAAGUAUAC